AUGGUGGAUGUAUCGGCUAAGGAAGCGACGAAGCGCACUGCAGUGGCUAUAGGGCGGAUCUACAUCCCCGAGAUAGCUUACGAACUCGUCACUUCGACAUAUCUCCCCUCGGCUGACAAGGUUUGCGGUACACCUUCUCUCACCGAAUCUCCGUCAGAGAUUGUGAAGGCAAAGGCUCGAUCCAAGGGUGACGUUUUGUCCGUCGCGCAGCUGGCCGCCAUCAUGGGCUGCAAGCGAACCGCGGACCUCAUUCCCUUGUGUCACCCUUUACAGUUAUCUCAUAUUUCUGUCACCCUGCAUCCAGAAGUUCGUCAUUGCCCCAGUCCCGUUCCCAUGGACAUCGCAGAUAGCUUGAACGCUGUUGCAAGUUCCGCCGUCUCACGAUCUACCCUUGGAUCCGAGGUAAAAUACAGUAUCCUAUGCUGCGCUGAAGUGUCGUGCGAAGGCAAGACUGGAGUUGAGAUGGAAGCAUUGACUGCGGUGUCGGUCGGGCUCUUAACUGUGUGGGACAUGCUGAAGGCAGUCGCCGGAAAGGAAAUGGUCAUCGGAGAUGUCUUUGUAUCGAGGAAGGAAGGUGGAAAGGGCGGGGACUUUACUCGAGAAUGA